AGAGAGAGAAAAUUUAGAAGGAGGGGUGGAAUUUUUUGUUGUUGAUGAUAGGCCCGUCUUUGUUGAAUACUCUUCUUCGUCUUCUUUGUUGAAUAUAUAUCUAUAUAUAUGGUUGAGCCUUCGCCUUCUUCAUCUUCCUUUUGCUUCAAGAACAACAACACCAAGAAAUGGGGGUUGGUUCCCAGGAUGCCAUCAAGCAGUUCCAGGCAUUCAUUGAACAAGUUGAGGAGCCUUUGCGAGGAACGUUUCAGAAUGUUCAUCAAGGAUAUGUCACCGAAACUUUAAUGCGCUUUCUUAAAGCAAGGGACUGGGAUCCUUCCAAGGCCUAUAAAAUGUUGGUUGACUGUUUAAAUUGGAGAGUGCAAAAUGAGAUUGACCAUAUAUUAUCUAAACCGAUUGUUCCUGCUGAUUUAUAUAGAUCAGUGCGUGAUUCACAGCUCAUAGGUUUGUCUGGUUACUCCAAAGAGGGUCUGCCUGUCUUUGCAAUCGGUGCUGGGCUUAGCACAUUUGACAAAGCAUCUGUCCAUUAUUACGUGCAGUCUCACAUUCAAAUUAAUGAAUAUCGUGACCGUAUAAUAUUGCCUUCUGCAUCAAAGAAGCAUAAGCGUACUAUUACCACUUGUAUAAAGAUUUUAGACAUGACCGGUCUGAAGUUAUCAGCCCUGAAUCAGAUUAAGUUGUUAACUAUUAUAUCAUCCAUUGAUGAUCUGAAUUACCCUGAGAAGACAAAUACUUAUUACAUUACAAAUGCUCCAUACAUAUUUUCAGCUUGUUGGAAGGUUGUGAAGCCACUUUUACAAGAGAGGACAAGAAGAAAAAUGCAGGUUUUACCCGGUUGUGGUCGAGAUGAGCUGUUGAAUAUCAUGGAUUACUCGUCGCUACCACAUUUUUGUAAGAGAGAAGGCUCCGGUUCAUCCAGACAUUCAGAAGCCGGAAGUGAAAAUUGCUAUUCUUUGGAUCAUCCCUUCCAUCAAGAGCUUUACAACCACAUCAAGCAGCAAGCCAGACUCCGUGAAGCUGUUGAACCCAUCAAACACGGGUCGUUUCAUGUGGAUUUUCCUGAACCUCCUGAUGAUGAAGUUGAGAUUGCCAAGAAUAUAGAGUCAGAGUUACACAAGUUUGAGAACGGCAAUGGUGUCUAAUACUUCAAUACCUUAUUUUAGAUUACUGUUGAGACCUCUAAAUCAGAGAUCUUUUGCAUGUACAACCAAUGUAGAAGUACACACAUCAGAAUUAGUUCUAUCAAGAAUCGGCUUACUUAGCAUUGUUUACGUAUGUUAAGAGAAAUUAAGUGGCUGUUGAUUAAAUGCAAAUCCCAGCUUUACAUCGUGUCAUAAUACAAGAGAUCAAUAUCAGAUAUAAUAUUUUAUCCUCGUGUUUAUUUUAAA